UCUUCUACUCCUUUACUCUCCUUGCCUUUACUUUUCUGCUGGUGGAUUUUGUGUGAUGUACUGCAAUUUGUUAACUAUGUAUUUGACAGUUAAUGACACUUGACAGUUUACUAAAAUUUGCAAAUAAACAGUCCACUGUCCCAACAAUCUAAGGAGGGAAAUUGUUAAUCCUUUGGCAGAGAAGAAUCUUAUAAAAUUAAGACGCCGACAAACGUAAAUUUAAUGCGCUUUUCUCCCCGUUUAUUCGUUCGAUUUUCCGUUGUAAUGUCUCAAAAAUCGAGAAUUGCCGUGUGCCAAAUAAACGCCAGAGCAGACAAAGAGGAAAAUUUCCGAAUAUGCAGCAGUCUGAUUGAACAGGCAGCAGAAGCAAAGGCCCAGAUGAUUUUUCUUCCUGAAGCCUUCGACUUCAUUGCUGAAAACAAGGAGGAAACUCACAAGUUGUCGGAACCUUUAGACGGUCCUCUCAUGAAGCAGUACCAGUCAUUGGCGCAGAGAUUAGGUGUCUGGUUGUCACUAGGAGGAUUUCAUGAACGAAAUGCGGAGGAUAAAAUGCAUGUAGCUCAUGUCUUGUUGGACUCGAGUGGAGGUCUGGCCUCAAUUUACAGAAAAUCCCAUUUAUUUGCUUUUGGUGCUCUCGACGAAUCAAAAUAUGUUGAGCCAGGAGUCAAAGUUGAAGAUCCUGUGUCAACACCAGCUGGUCAACUGGGUCUUCUGGUCUGCUACGACCUUCGUUUCCCGGAAAUCAGCCUCGAACUGCGCUCAAAAGGUGCGGAAUUGCUGACCUACCCCUCUGCUUUUACAGCAGCCACAGGUCAAGCUCACUGGGAGGCUUUGCUUAGGGCCAGAGCCAUUGAAACGCAGACCUAUGUCGUCGCCGCUGCUCAAACUGGCUCCCACGGAAAUAAUAGGAACUCCUAUGGACAUGCCAUGGUUGUCGAUCCCUGGGGCGCUGUUGUAGCCCAGUGCUCUGAAGGCACUGGUUUUGCUCUUGCAGAAGUAGACUUGGAUUUUAUAAAAUCAACACGAGCUCGAAUGCCGGUCGUUGAGCACAGGCGACCAGAUCUGUACCCAACUAGCCUGCAGGGACCUCUUGUUACCCCUGCCGAUGAUGCGGUUUUUACAUUUGGGCAGGUCAAAGUAAUAGGCGCCUCGGUUAUAGCAAAGUCUGCUUUGACGAUUGCUUUCACCAAUAAGAAAUGCGUUGUGCCUGGACAUGUGCUAAUUGCACCUAUUCGAGUGGCAGAGAGACUGUCAGACUUGACUUCAGUUGAGGUAGCUGAUUUAUUUCAAAUGGCCCAAAAAAUUGAAAGGGUAAUGGAAAAGAUUCAUGACGCUACAUCAACGACCAUAGCCAUCCAAGACGGUCCCGAGGCAGGUCAAACCAUCAAGCAUGUUCAUAUCCAUGUGAUGCCAAGGAAGAAGGGUGAUUUUAAGUGGAACGACGAAAUUUAUAGGGAAUUGGAGAAGCACGACAAACCACAAGACACGGGGCGCUGGAGAACUGAAGAGGAAAUGGACGUAGAGGCUAAAAACAUCAGGGUUAUUUUUAGAAAAAUGGGUUAUCAGGAGGGAGCCGACGGGGCAACCAAGGAGGGCUCCCCCAAGCAGGAGAACCCCUCGCCGGCGGCGCCGCGGCAGGAAAACGGUGGCAACGGCGACGAGCCGCCUCCUCAGCAGCCACCUCCGCCGCCUCCAUCAAACGCCUCGGACGCACCUGCCAACGGGGCUCCGAGUCCUCGAGACCCUGAGGAAGGCCAGCCGUUGGUGAGCAACGUGUUGCCCAAGCAACAGCAGCAGCAGAACAAUGAGUUCUUGCAGCAGCAGAGCCAGAUCUUUGUCUUCUCCACGUCGCUGGCAAACCAGGGUGCAGAUGCUGUGAUGCAGCAGCACUUCCCGUCCAUCAUCGCCUUCCACUGCGCCCAGCCCGGCACCAAAAAGUACCUUGAGAAGCACCCCUUACGCACAGCACAAUUUGCGCGUCAGCCGUGGAUGGCAAAGCGUUCAUCGCUUGCUGGCGUUCAGGUACCUGAUGAAAACCUCACGCCCCAGCAGCGCCAGCAUCGAGAGGAGCAAUUGGCCACUCUCCGUAAAAUGCAACAGCUGCUUUUCCCCGAGCGGCCGCCACCCUACCGGUCAGCUUCUGCCCCUAUCGCCUCUCCCGGCGCCCCAGCAUCCCCAGCGGGUCUUUCCCUUCCGGCAGCCAGCCCGAGCACCCCCUUGGCCGGAGCGUCGCCCUCGCCAGGGAUAAAAAAGGAAGCGAGUCUGAUGCCUGUGCCGUCCCCGCAGCAGAUCCAGUAUUUGGCCGCCUUUGAGGGCCAUGAACUCACCAUCCAGAGGCAGCCCAACACGGGACUGACUGACCCCCACCUUUUAUCACCGACUAUUCACAAGUGCUUCUCAUGCGAUCACUGCAAGUGGUAUUUUCGGUAUAUGCAAAAUAUGCAGCCUUCAGGGAUGGAUGACCCAAAUCGGCAAAUGGCACCGUCAUUUCCCUCGACACCAAACUUUGGCAGCCCCACAGACAUUAAAAAACAACCUCAAAGCCCGUCAGAUGUCAAGCCUCGUUUUGGGCCAGACAUGAAGCCCAAUUUCCCACCAGACGUCAAACCCUGCUUCCCUUCCGGCCCAGGAUCUCAGGCGCCGCCAAUGUCCCCGUCCUUUCAAAAGCAAUCGCCCGCCUUCCCUCCUGAAAUGCCAUCCCCGCCGAAGCUGUCGCCCCCGCCGGACAUACCUCUCAACCCCAUCGGCUCUCAAGGCCCCAGCAAGGGACGCUUUGACCCCAUCACCUCGAUGGAGGCCAUGAGCCAGCAGCUGGCCUCCCCAGGCCCCAACAUGAUGCCCCCCAUGAUGUACGGCAGUCCUCAGGAUGGCAUGUGUGGCGGCGUGCAACAGCCUCCUCCCCAGCAGCAGCAACCUCCGCAGGGUUUCGCCCAAAACCCUCCCAUGAUGCCCAACCAGCCGACCUCUCCCAUGAUGCAGCAGCCCCGAGGGUCGCCGCCUGUUGGUUACAACCAGAUGGGCCCUCAAAUGGGAGGACCUAGACCAAUGAUGGGUCCCCAGCAGUGUAGACCGCCGUACAAUGGCGCCAAUAUUCAAGUGAAGCCAAGUGCCCCGAAUACUAUCCAGUACCAUCCUCCGGCGAGACCCCCGAAUCAACAGCAGCAAGGACCCCCUGCAAGACCCAGUUUAGACUUUUUGCACAGACUAGCGAAUCCCCAGGGACCCCAAGACUCAAAUAAGAUGGGCUACUUCCCCAACGGUGGGCCUAUGAAUGGCGGAGGACCAAUGGGUAGCCCUGGUGUACAAAUGGGUGGGCCAAUGGGCAGUCCUAUGGGGGUAUCAAUGUCAGGACCCAUGGGCUGCCAAAUGGGCCCCGGGGGUCACGUGGGUCCAAUGAUCCCCGGAAAUCAAAUGGGACCUGGGCAAAUGGGGCCUUCAGCACAAAUGGGGGGAAUGGGGCCAAUGGGUGGCAUGGGGCCAGGCAUGUGCGGUAACAAUCCGAUGGGGCCUGGACCUAUGGGUCAGAUGGCGCCAAAUAUGGGACCUGGCGGCCCUAUGGGCGGGCCCAUGGGACCAGGGGGUCAAAUGGUUGGGCCGAUGGGGCCUGGACAAAUGGGCGGUGGGCCCAUGAUGGUCAUGAGGCAGCGAGCGCCGCAAAUGCAAAUGCGACCCCAGCAAAUGUUUCCGCCGCAAAUGGACUAUCAGGACCCUGUGAGCCAGCCGUUGCCCCCGUCGAUGGGCGCCCCCUUCGGCAAGGGCGGCUACGUGGGUCCGUCGGCCGCGGCGGACCCAAACUACGCGCAGCAAUACCACAACUUCCAACAGCAACUAUACGCGACCAACACACGUGCUCAAAGCGGGCCCCCUGGACAACCGCAGCCCUUUUUUAAGUGACCCCCCUGCCCCCACAGUGCCAUGUUCAGUGCAAUCAGUGACUUGUUAUUCUUAUUGACUCGAGAUUUGUAAGAGAAGGUUUAUCUUUGAUUAAUAAAAUGAAAAGCAAUUAUUAUAAGA